CAAAAUUUUCUCGACAAAGAAACUUUGUUCAACUAUGCACCAUUUUACGCUCUUCUUCAGCUUAUCCACCGAUCUUCAUACACUCUUCUACCACUACCAAAUCUCCCACUCAAAUCUCCUCAACUAUGACUUCCGGUACCAGAAUGCCUACUUGGAAGGAAAGGGAAAACAACAAGCGUCGUGAGAGGCGUCGUCGUGCCAUCGCCGCUAAGAUCUUUCUUGGCUUGCGAAUGUACGGAAACUACAAGCUUCCUAAGCACUGCGACAAUAAUGAAGUCCUUAAAGCCCUCUGUGAUGAAGCUGGAUGGACUGUCGAAGAAGACGGCACUACCUAUCGGAAGGGUUGCAAGCCUGUGGAACGCAAUAUCAUGGGUGGGUCAGCUUCUGGAAGUCCAUGUUCAUCUUAUCAGCCGAGCCCACGUGCAUCUUAUAACCCAAGUCCUGCGUCUUCUUCCUUCCCAAGCCCCAAAUCUUCCCGUUACGCCAUGAAUAGCAAUGACAAUGGUACUGAUCCCAAUUCCCUCAUCCCAUGGCUGAAGAACCUCUCUUCGGGUUCAUCAUCAGCUUCCUCCAGGCUGCCUCAUCAUCUUUUUAUUAAUUGUGGCUCCAUAAGUGCACCCGUCACCCCUCCAUCAAGUUCCCCAACUGCUCGAACACCCAGAAAACCAAAUGAUUGGGACAAUCAUCCAGCAGUUGCUCCUGCUUGGGCUGCACAGCGCUUCUCAUGUUUGCCAACAUCGACCCCACAAAGCCCUGGGCGUCAGGUGUUGGCUGAUCCAGCAUGGCUUGAUAGUAUACGGAUUCCUCAAAGUGGACCAUCAUCUCCAACCUUCAGCCUUGUAGCAAGAAAUCCUUUUGGAUUCAAGGAGGCAAUGUCUGCUGGAGUGUCUCGUAAUUGGACUCCUACACAGAGCGGAACAUGCUCGCCCACAGUUGCUGCAGGCAUUGAUCAUACUUCGGACGUUCCUAUGACAGAUGGAACUGCAACAGACUUUGCCUUCGGGAGUUGUUCAAUUGGGUUGGUGAAGCCUUGGGAAGGAGAGAGAAUUCACGAGGAAUGCAUCUCUGAUGAUCUUGAACUUACACUUGGGAAUUCAAGUACAAGGUAAACUCAAUUAUAAACGCAGUGAACCGGAGUUGCGAGUUCUUAAAUUUGGUUCUUUCUCCAAGGGAAAAUAUUCAACUGAAUGUCCAUGUGCUUUGGUUUGACAAAGAUUGCCCGUCGGUUGAUGGUUUAAUUCUUUCCUUGAUAAUCGAUUUGUUGUUCUUCUUCCUUCCAAAAUGAAAAUUAGAUUCCACUAA